GAUUGCAUAUCAUCGUAUCCCAAAUACGUGGGUCGAUAUUCAUGAUGUCAAUCACUGGCUUGUUUGAAUCAGACGCGAUUAUUUACAUACCGCCUUCAUAUAACUGUAACAUGACCCUGUGCUGCGUAAAAAAACAACAAACACACGUAUGUAUUGGCACAUUUUGAAUCAUUUAAUUACUUGGCUUUCCAGACAACACCAUGAGGCUCGCGAGCUGGCUGCACGUGAUUGGUCUGUUAUUCCUUUGUGAUCUCACACACGGAGGUCGUGUACACACGUUGAGACUGACACACAAGGGUGCUAGAGACAUGUCCAUGUCUAUCAUGGACCCAAGGCUACAAUGUGGUCGAUCGUGUGUGACGUUAUCCCACUGUCAAGGGAUCCUGUAUGAUGGCCACGUCUGUCGACAGAUACUCAAACACAAAGACGUCAGAGAAGACAAAGAUUCUGAAUAUUGGACAGUCGUGAACAAAGAGGAAAAAGAGUUCAAGGGAGAUCGUGUACAGAUACCCAGUUUUACAAGAACUAUGAGGAUAAGGAGAGUGCACCUUCCAAACAUCAAAAUUGAUCGAGGAAGGAAGUAGCAGCAUGUACCCUGGUCACAGUGUCAACACUUUCACGUAAUCAUAGUUCGACAUUCUUCUGAAGCAGGCUCUCCCAAGGUUAUCCCUGUCUGACACUGCGUGUAGAUAGUAGAUUGGAGUAGUGGCACUGGUGAAG